AUGGAGUCUGUUCAUCAUGUCUCAACCACUUCAAAGAUCCUCUUCAGCAAGGUGCGCAAGAUUGUGCCCCCAAUGCUAGAAAAAUUCCACAAAGGACAGCUUGGCCGUGUAGCCGUCAUUGGAGGCUGUGCUGACUAUACCGGCGCUCCAUACUUCUCCGCCAUGGCCUCCGCAAGACUUGGAUGUGACAUGAGCCAUGUCCUCUGCGAACGAUCCGCAGCACCGGUUAUCAAGGGCUACUCCCCAAAUUUGAUGGUACACCCACUACUCCCAAGCCGCGACACAAUCAAUGGCCAUGUCUCAUUCGACGCACCAACACUAGCAGCCCCAAUAGUUGACAUGCUAUCACGACUGCACGCACUAGUCAUCGGCCCAGGCCUUGGCCGAGACGAAGUCACGCUGAAGAUAGUUGCCGAAGUGAUCCGAGAAGCGCGUUCACGAUCAAUCCCGUUCGUGUUGGACGCAGACGGUUUGCUGAUUGUGACUGAAAACCCGAACCUGAUUAAAGGAUACAAGGACUGUAUUCUCACACCCAAUGUCGUUGAAUUUGGCCGUCUUGCCAAAGCGCUGGGUGUCAAGGUUUCCAGUCCGGCAGAGAUCGCGAAGAGCGGCGGGAACGACGUGACCAACAAGGAAUCCGAUGCCUGUGAGCAGUUAUCCCAAGCUCUUGGUGGUGUGACUAUUCUCCAGAAGGGACCUCAUGAUGUGAUUUCCAAUGGGGCUACUAGUAUCAUUUCUGAUACGAAGGGUGGCUUGAAGCGCAGUGGUGGUCAGGGAGAUACCCUGACAGGAUCAUUGGGAACAUUCCUUGCCUGGAGAUUGGCUUACCAUGAUAAGUUGUGGGAUUCUGGCGAGAAGGAUAAUGAGAAGGAGGCGCAGAGCAAAGAAGAUGUUCAGGCGGAACUUGAGUCUGAGGAUAUGCGCAUGUCGCCUGCGACGACGUUGCUCCUGGCCGCCUGGGCUGGAAGCAGUAUUACGCGGGAAUGCUCGCGCAGGGCAUUUAAGGCUAAGGGGCGAAGUAUGCAGGCUAGUGAUCUGACUGAUGAAGUGCAUCAUGCAUUUUUGGAAUUGAUUGGGGAGCCGGAAGGAUCGAAGACACAUCUUUAG